AUGCUGCUACUCGAAGAAACACUCGGGCGAGAGAUUCCUCUCGUGGAUUUGAACGUGGCCGGAUUUUGUGAUGCAAACGAACGUGAAUACUUCCCGUUGCAAUAUCAGAUCGCUGCACUGGAACAGAAAUUGGUCACUUGUGCCACACAAUACGCACAAUUGCAAGAUGAGCACAAAACACUGCGAAAAAGUCACUAUCUGAUGGAAGAUCACAUAAGAAAUGCCAAUCUGAUUGCACGAGAUCAGGUGGUGUUUGAAAAUUUGAAAAUGAACUACCAACUAGUGUCGGCUACCAGUCUAAAGAAAGAACGCGAUCGUGCACUGCACGAAGAGUCCGCAGCCAGAGGAAUAGCGAACGAAGCGUUAAAACAAGUAAAGCUAUUGACUGCUGCCAUUGAAGCGCACAAAUCGAUUACCGAGGAGUUGGAAGCACAGCGCGAAUAUUCCCGGGGAAUGUACAACAAAUCAAUUAGACACUUUCAAGAGGAAUUUGAACACAAAUCCUUGCUUCAACUUGCACGAGAUGAAAGACGCCAAAAACACCUUGAAUCACUCGUAUUUGAGUUGAAAAAAUCUAUGAAAGAUAAAUCGUUGGAAAACUUGAAGAAUGUGGAGAUCGAUGGAGAACCGGUUGCCUUAACCGAGGCGCAAAAACAAUGGUUCGUUAACUCCAAAAUCGUCUCAGAAUUAGCUGAAGAAUUUGAAAACCCUCCGAGUAGUUUGGCCGACUGGGCAAAUGAAUGCAGGCGCACAUCUGUUUCCACGAUUCCGGAAAGUAUGCAAAUGGAUGGGACGAUACCGAUGUCCAAUGGUCCGGAAACAAAUGCCACCACCGCACCCGUUAGGAAUUCCGCAGUGAUGCGGAAUGAGGAGGGGGAUGCAAAAGGUCAGAUGAUCACCAUGGACGACGAACGAGCCGCGUGGGAACAACUACGUUUACAAUGGGAGUCAAAAACAAAAGAAAAAGACAAGGAAAUCACUCAGUUGAAGGACAAAAUAAAACAACUGGAAAACGAUUUAAAAGAAUUGCGUAACAAACGCGAGUUUGAGAUGAAAGUGGAUCAGCGUGUGAAGACACUGCAAAGGGAGAACGAGGUUUUGCUUGAACAAUAUCGUACGGAGGUUUUACUACGACGAAAAUAUCACAGUCAAGUGGAGGAGUUGAAAGGAAAAAUCCGUCUGUUUUGUCGUAUCCGGGCUCCAAAUCCAACUGAAUUGAGCAAAAAAGCGACAAUUGUGACCCAAAUACCGGACGAGCAUACAGUCAUGGUUCGCUCCGGGAAAGAGUCCAAACUGUUCCCCUUUGAUCGGGUAUUUGGUGCGAAUUGUAAUCACGAACAAUUCAUGGCCGAAAUAAGCAAUCUGGUUCAGGCUGCUAUUGACGGAUACAAUGUGGGCAUCUUGGCAUACGGGCAGGCCGAUACAGGACGAAGUUACACCCUGGUCGGUGAUCAACGGGAUCCGGGAAUCAUUCCACGCAUCUGUAUGGAAAUUUUCAACCGAAUGGAACAGCCUAACUUCAAGCAGUCGUUUGUUUAUGAUGUGUCAAUCAACAUGUACGAACUGGCCAAUGACAAGGUGACAGAUCUACUUACCACGACUCCAGCAACCCUGGAGCAGGCCGAAAUUACCAAAGACAAUAAUGGAUUGUUACACGUUCAAGGAUUAACCAAGUUAACUGCAUACUGUAGCGCUGAGUUGCUGGAGUAUUUUCAUAAAGGAAAUUCUUUCCGGGCCGGUCAUCGAGUGAGAGCAGGUACAGUAGCUACGCACUGUAUCACGUGUAUCAAUAUUAGUACAACAAACAAGUUCACGGAGAUCACCUAUAAGGGGAGGAUAACACUGAUCGAUCUAGCCGAAGGAGACAAAACUCAACGUCCACCUCCACCAGGAGAGAUCACAAAGGAAACCCGUCAUUUUGAUGAGACACUACAUGGAAUCGGUGAGGUGAUUCUAGCACUGCACAUGUCACAAACGGCGACCAAUUACCGGAGCAACAAAUUGGCUACAUUGUUACAAGAGGCGAUUGGAGGUAAUGCAAAAACGCUGAUGAUUGUGCACGUUAACCCAACUGAGGCCGCAGUCACCGACACUAUUGCUGCAUUGAAUCAUGCCAGUCGCUUGAGGUCUGUGAUCAAGGAAUCGUCACGCAUUUCGAACAGUGAACAGAUUGCAAGACUGCGAAGCACACUGGAACGCUUGCGUACCACAGAGGGAUGA